AUAAGACUCUAUUGAAAUAUGUUCUGGACGAUAUUCUUACUACUUAAUGGACUGCUUAUACUAGUGCUCCUGUACUCCUCUCGCACAAGAAAGGAUAAUGAGCCUCCUCUGGACAAAGGCUUCUUUCCAUGGUUGGGGCACGCUCUUGAGUUUGGAAAAGAUGCUGCAAAGUUUUUGGCCCGGAUGAAAGAGAGACAUGGGGAUAUUUUCACAGUCUGUGUUGCUGGUAAUUACGUGACGGUGCUGUUGGAUCCAAACUCUUUCGAUGCCGUAAUAAAGGACACGGUCUACUUUGACUUCACCCGCAACAGAAACCAGCUCCUAAAAAAGGUCUUCAGCCUGCAGCUGCCGAGUAUCACACCGAGAGCAGAGAGGAACUGGAUGGAACAGCAUUUUCAAGAUGUCCGUCUCUCCAAGCUCAGCGGCUCCAUGAACACUCAUCUUCAAAGCCUGCUGCUGAGUGACCACGAUGACUGCAGCCCUUCAGGGUGGAGACAGGAUGGCCUCUUUAGCCUUUGUUACAGCUUCCUGUUCAGGGCCGGAUAUCUGACAUUGUUUGAGAGGAGAGACAACGCAUCUGCAGUCUACAAAGAGUUUCGCAAGUUUGACGAUCUUCUCACCAAACUGGCUCGAGGCUCAAUCAAGCGAGGGGAAACCAAAACAGCCAACUCAUGCCGGGUUCGACUGUGGGAGCUGCUGUCCCCAAACUGUCUGAACGUAGGGUCAGGGUCAGGGUCAAACUCGUGGCAGCAGAGCUACUACGGCUUCCUGCAGGAGGAGGGAGUAGAUGCAGAAAUGCAGAAAAGAGCUUUGCUUUUGCAGCUGUGGACCACACAGUGUAAUGCUGGACCUGCUGCCUUUUGGCUCCUUGGCUUCCUGCUCACUCACCCUGAGGCCAUGGAGGCUGUUGAAUCUGAGAUCAGAGGCCUUGCUCGCCCCGACACCACCCUGCAGCCCUCUCCCAUCGCCCUGCUGGAAGCACAGAGCACACCAGUGCUCGAUAGCGUUCUGAGCGAGACCCUUCGGCUCACCGCUGCGGUAAUGAUCAGCAGAGAGGUGGUGCAGGACAAGAUCCUGCUCACGGCCAGUGGAAAGAGCUACCACCUCCGAAAGGGGGACCAAGUUUGUCUGUUUCCCUUCCUCAGCCCUCAAAUGGAUCCACAUAUACAUCAAGAACCACAGAUUUUCAAGUAUGACCGCUUCUUAAAUGAGGUGGGGUCUUCACCCGGGGAAAAUAGGACAGUGAAGGAUAAAUUCUACAAAGAUGGAAACACAGUGAAGUACUGCACCAUGCCCUGGGGUGCAGGGAGAAGCAUGUGUGUGGGGAAAGACUUUGCUGUUACAGCCAUAAAACAAUUUGUGUUCUUGCUCUUGACCUAUCUCGACCUGGAGAUGUGUGACCCAGAGGCUAAACUGCCACCAGUUAAUCCCAAUCGCUACGGCUUUGGGGUGCUCCAGCCGGACGGAGAUCUGCAGAUCCGAUUCAGACUGAAGAAGACACUGUUUUAAAUGUGAAUGACUGUACAUAUUUGUCAAAUUGUUCAUUGAUGAAGCAUUUGUCUUAUGUAUUGCAGUACUGUUUACCAUUUUAUAUGUACUCUGAAUCUAUAUAUCAUAUUUAACUUGUUUAUUCAUAUUUUCAAUAAAAAAAUAAAAAGAUACUGACAUAA